AGGAGUUGUAGUUUUUUUGUUCAAAGCAGCACCCGCCGACACGAGCGGGGCUGGACCAGAGACUACAAGUCCCAGGGGGCGCUCGCAGGGCGUUCGCUAGGCGGCCGGUACGAAAGAGGAACCCGCCUGGUGUGUGGUGAGGGCCCUGCGUUGACGGAGGUGGCUUCUGCAGCUAAGCUGUAAGGCUCCAAGUAGACUCCAGGACCGGCCUAAUGCCUAGCGGGGCAUUGCCCGCCUUGUCUGGCUGUCAUUUUGUCAGCGAUGUGGCGAGUUCUUCUACCAAAGCUCAGACUACUAUUGUUCCAGAACUGGAGAUACCCAGCUUCUCUGCUACUUCAAUGCUGCAAUGGCCUCUGCUAAGUAAAAAAUCUUAAUAGAGGUGCCAGGCAUGCUCAUGGUACACAGACAUAUAUGAGGACAAACACCAUGAGCACAAGGUCAUCCCUCUCAAUCAAGGCUUUGCCCACUUGUCUUGAUUCCUGAGUUUUGAGCCCUAAAACUAAGGUGUGCAGUGGUCAGGUCUCUGAGGUCCCCACAGUCCUGUCUCUUCUGACAACUGAUCCCCCGGUGAGGAGCCUAUAUCUGUAGCUCUCAUCCUGGAGGGACAGAUCUCCCUGUCAGCUCCCCAGCAUGGCAAUGCAGUAUCUCAUGCUUUUGGCUGGUCUUCUGAUGGGAGGUCUGAGCAAGUCUACAGAAAGCAAGGCCCAGCAACUUGAGUGUUGUAUGGAUGUGGUAGACUUCAAUACUACCUGCCCAAGCACAGGUCUGUGUGGCCCAGGUUGCUACAGGCACUGGAAUGCAGAUGGGAGUGCUAGCUGUGUCCGAUGCUGGAAUGGGACCCUCCCAACAUACAAUGGCUCUGAGUGCAGAAGUCUCACUGGUCGGGGCAUGCAGUUUCCCAUGAACAGAAGCACAGGGACACCUGGACAGCCACAUUUUGGGGGUCCUCAUGUGGCAGCUUCCCUCUUCCUGGGGACACUCUUCAUCAGCACAGGCCUCAUCCUCUGUGUGGCUGGGUUCUUCUACCUCAAGCGCUCCAGUAAGCUUCCUGAGGUUUUCUACAGGAGAAACAGAGCCCCUGUCUUGCAGACUGGUGAAACAGCUUCAAUGGUCCCCCUGCCACAGUCUUCAGUGAGGAAGCCAAGAUACAUCAGGCGCGAGCAGCACCCAGACAAGAAUAGGAAUCCUUCUGCCUUUUCCACAGUGGAGGCCCACAUCAGCAACGUCUGACCUA